AUGGAAGGCGAGGGGGAGCCGUCCGCCCGCGACGCUGAGCUCCCAGAGGGCACCUCCGCGGCCCGUGCCAGGCCGGCGAGCGCCGCCGCCUCGCGGCCGCCGGCUCCGACCUCCGGCGGCGAGACGCCCGGGCUCCCGGGCAGGCGGCGGCGGCGGUGGCGGCAGGGGCCGGCGCGCCGCGAGCGGGGCCUGCGGCCGCUGAAGGAGCUGCUGGGGCUGCGGCGGGCCCGCCUGCGGCCCACCAUCUGCAGCGAGUGCGGCAAGGGCUUCAGCCGCAGCUCCGACCUGCUGCGCCACCAGAUCACGCACACCGGCGAGAAGCCCUACACCUGCGGCGCCUGCGGCAAGGGCUUCAGCCAGAACUCCAACCUCGUCACCCACCAGCGCAUCCACACCGGCGAGAAGCCCUACGGCUGCGGCGCCUGCGGCAAGCGCUUCAGCGAGAGCUCGGCGCUCAUCCAGCACCAGCGCACGCACACCGGCAAGAAGCCCUACGCCUGCGGCGAGUGCGGCAAGCGCUUCAGCGUCAGCUCCAACCUCAUCCGCCACCGGCGCACGCACACCGGCGAGAAGCCCUACGCCUGCGGCGACUGCGGCGAGGCCUUUCGCCACAAGUCCCAGCUCCGCCGGCACCAGGAGCUGCACGCGGGCCAGCGCCCCUUCAUCUGCAACGAGUGCGGGAAGAGCUUCAGCCACUGGUCGAAGCUGCUGCGGCACCAGCGGACUCACACCGGGGAGCGGCCCAGCACGUGCGGGGAGUGCGGGAAGAGCUUCAGCCAGAACUCGCACCUCGUGCAGCACCGCCGGACGCACACCGGGGAGAAGCCGUACCGCUGCGGGGACUGCGGGAAGAGCUUCAGCUGGAGUUCGAACCUCAUCCAGCACCAGCGCAUCCACACCGGGGAGAAGCCGUACACCUGCGGGCAGUGCGGGAAGAGCUUCACCCAGAGCAAGAACCUCAUCAAACACCAGCGCACCCACUCGGGCGCCCGGCCCCACCGCUGCGGCCAGUGCGGCCGCGGCUUCGCCCAGAGCACCAACCUGCUCAAGCACCAGCGGGUGCACGCCGCCCGGAGCCAGCCGCCCCCCUGCCCCGACUGCGGCCAGAGCUGCCGCGACGGCGCCGAGCUCGAACGCCACCGGGCCCAGGCCCACGGGCACGAGCCCUACAUCUGCGUGGAGUGCGGGGAGAGCUUCUCCAAGAGCGCCACGCUCAACCGCCACAAGCGGGUCCACAAGCCCCUCUUCGUGCACUGAGCUAGGGGUGGAGGGGGGCUCGGGGGGCAGCUGUGGGCUGGCUGACCGUGGGGCUGGCCGGGCUGCGAGCAGGUGGGACCUUGGACCGUCCCGUGGCCAGGAUGCCACCGAGAGUCGUACCGGCACCGGCCACGAACCCGAGCUGCGGUACUGGCAGCCACCAAACGCCGCCUGGUCCAUCAGCAGCAGGAACGAAGGUCCACGGUGCUCCUUGUGGCCCUGCCCCGGCCAGACACAGGCCGAGCGCGGCCACCCCAGCGCUCUCGCCGCGGCCCAAGCCUUGGAACGCGAGACCUCAGCGAACCCGUAGGGGUUGGACCCUAUAGAUGUAUAUAGCACAGCGGGGGGAGGGGGCCAGAGGGGGAACGUGUAAGGUAGAAGCCAUACUACGCUGCGAGGCAGCCACCUAGUUGAGGGGAGCCAGCGCGUGGGGCGGGCAGCGCCGCCUGGCCGGGCGGUUGGACGUGGCGUGCGGCUGGACGGUGCCUCGGCUGUAGAAUAAAGUAUUUCUGUU